CGCGACUUGCACCGGCGAAAUUCGCGACUCUUGAUUAUUCGUACCGGAUCUUCCACACCAGAAAAAAUGGACGAAAACGGUUCCGUGCUGAAGGAAGCGCUCAACAUUGCAGAUUUGCUCGGGGAGAAUGGCGCCCAGUUUCAGAUCAGCACCAAGUACAAUGACCACGGGGAGGAGUUUUUCAUGGAGGACGACUAUGGCAGCGCGGAUGAGGACGAGGACGCCCACCGGAAGAUUAUGAACCCGUGGGACAAGAGCUUCGACGAGUUGCGCGGGCAAAUGUUUAUGGUGUCGGAGUUUGUCUACAAGCGGAUUACGAAGCCGGGCGUGGGGGACGAGCUGGUGCCGGACCGGGCCCGGGUCAAGAUCGACUACAACGGGUACUUUGAGGGGGAGACGUACGCGUUCGACAGCACGUCGAUGCGCGGCGAGUUCAAGACGUUUACCAUUGGCAAGUCCGAGGUGCUCGAGGGCCUGGAGGAAGCGGUCAAAUCGAUGAAGCCCAGUGAGGAGGCUCAGUUUGUGAUUGGGUACCAGGUGCUGUUCGGGGAGCUUGGCUGCAAGCCGCGAAUUAAGCCCAAAGCCGAUGCGCUGUUCAUAGUCAAACUGGUCAGCUUUACCGAUCCGGGAGAUGCGGCCGCACUGGACAAUCUCACCCCGGAGGAGCAAAGGUCGUACGCCGUCGUCAAGCAGAAGGUCGUCGACACGCGGAAUCACGCCAAGGAUUACUUCAAGAAGAACCUGGUGGCGAACGCCAUCAACGACUACCACAAAGCGGUGAACUACUUGGAACAGUGCAACAUCAAAGACGAAGCCGAGCAGCUCGAACAAACCGAAACUCUCAUCCAGAUCUACACCAGCCUGGCCGUGUGCUACAACAAGAAGGACAACCCGCGCAAGGCGUGUCUCAUGAUCAACGAAAUCCGCCGACUAGGCAACCUGGAACGACUCCCGCGCGCCCUCUUCCACGAAGGUCGCGCCCUCAUGAACCUCGGCGAGUACGGCCGGGCCAAAACAAGUCUCGUGAAGGCCCAGAAGUUGGAACCGACCAACAAAGAGAUCGCCAAAGAGCUGAAAAUCCUGAACGAACGGUGGGAGAAGAGCCGCCAGGACGAGCAGUCCAUCUGCGCGCGGGCGUUCGGCCUGAAGGAGCGCAAGGACAUCCGACUGACCGAGGAGCAGAUCAGCUUCACCAACACCAUGAAGGGCACGCUGGAGGCGUUCACGGCGGACGAGCGCAGCAAACAGCUGACGCUGCCCGAGGGGCUGACCAGCAAGGAAAUGGACAUGGUGCAGGAUUUGGCUGACCAGUUUGGGCUGCGGCUGAACCUGUACAAGGACAACAACAAGGACUUUUACCGGCUGGAGAAAAAAUCGACUUCAAAGAAGGACGAAGAAUGAGCGAGGAGCAAAGCUCCUGGUGGACAUUCCGUGAUUCGAUACGUUUUUAUUAUUACCAGUACAACUUGGAUUACACGUUCUAUGUGAACAAUAAACAACAAAGAUAAUCUGUAAAA